AUGUCAGUUUCAUUUUGGGCUCGUCCAAAAACUAAUUCCAAUAUUGUUGACAUAUUAAACCGAGCAUUCAUUAAACAAGACAAUAAAACCGAAAUCAAUAAUCAAGCACAGAAAGCAGAAGAACAAAACGAAGAAGAACAAAAGGAAGAAGAAAAGGAAAAAGAAAAUGAGACUCAUGCAUCCCACUUAGACGAGAAAACAAGGCUUGAGCUUUAUAAACCUAAUUUGGAAAUUUUGGACGAAUUUCUAACCGAUGAGGACCUGUAUAGAAGUUUAUUUAUAGAUCCACCAGAUGAAUCGGAGAAUUAUGGUCUAACUUUACUAGACUAUUUUACACGUCCAGAAGUUUUAAGUGCUUUAUUGGAUUAUAUACUAGAUGAAGCAUAUGUGCACGAUGAAAUUGAGUUUAUAAAUAAUGAUGAACAAGAUGAAGGAGAUAAUAUUGUGCAAGAUGAAGAGAUUUGCAAAUCUAAACAAAAAGAUAAACACGAAACCAGCGAUCAACAAGAGAAUAAGGAAGAAGAACAAGAAGAGGAAGACUCUGAAAAUAAAAAUAAGGACGACGAAUGUUAUGAGUUUUCUGAGGAAACCGCCAUAAAAAAAAUUGAAAGUAAUGAAUUUAUCUCCAAAGCUAAUUUAGCUGCAGAAAUUUUAAGUAUUGAUUUAAUGGAGAUUACAGCAGUAUUUUUGGAACAUGAUUUCUUAAUUACUAAACUAUGGUCUUUGUUGGAAAAAUAUAGUGUUAUAUCUAAUGAUGCCAGCUCGAGCUUUUUAAAAAUUAAUGAACGUUUACUACAAUUUGCUGAAUUAGGCGGUUUAUAUGGAGAUAACAGCUUGGGCAAUAGUGCUGGUGAAACAGAGCAGACACCUCCACAAUUGUCAAAUCAACAGCAAGAUCCAAGUGAAACCGAAAAUAGCAUUGAUGUAAUAACAGAUUCAAUGAAUGAAGAUAAUCCUGCUCUUUAUGAACAACAGCAAAUGUACACACCGAUUCUUGAUAGACCUAUACUAGAUAAGUUCUUGAGGCUUAUCAUUAAGAGAGAGAAGAUGGUUGACAAAUUUAUUAAGCAUAUAGAGUUACCUCCUUUAAUGGAUUUUUUGCUAAAGAUUAUUUCAACUGAUAAACCAGAAUCUGCAAAUUACAUCACGCUAGCCUUGAAGCAGGAAAUGCUGAUUGAAAAAUUAUUAGAUUGUUUAACUAGUGAACACAGUUCUACAGCUCAAAGCACCGCAUCUGACUUUAUAAAAGCAUUAGUGGCAAUCAGCGCCAACUCAAAUAACGAGAUUGCCUCUGCUAUUGGUCCAAAUGAACUAACAAGGUAUUUGGUUUCCCCCAUUAUUGUUGCAAAAAUUGGACAAAUAAUGUUACAAGGCGGGUUACCCUUAAGUAAUUGUGUUGGAAUAAUUAUUGAAAUAAUUAGGAAAAAUAAUUCAGACUACGAUUUUGUUCAAGUUAUGUAUACUACUGUUGAAUCACAUCCACCUCAUAUGAGAGACCCAAUCUACUUGGGCCACCUAAUUAAAUAUUUUGCUGAAAACAUGGACAAAUUUAAUGAUAUUUUAUGCCAUAAACAAGAAAACAAAUUAUCUACUCCCUUUGGUGAGAUUGAACCUCUAGGGUUAGACAGAUUUAAAGUAUGUGAAUUGGUGGCUGAGUUGUUACAUUGUUCUAAUAUGGCACUAUUGAAUGAGCCGAGGGGUGAAGUUGUUGUCUAUGAAAGAGAUGUUAUCAGACAACAUAACAUUGAUCUUUUUGUUCAUACAUCUAAGUUACCAAUUUUGCAGGUUGAAAACAAACAACAAGAGAUAGAGUUGGACAAGGGGAUUGCUAAUCUAACCAUAACUGGAAAUCCCAAUAUCGAAGAAGAUAAUAAAUCUGAACCUAACAAAAUUGAUGAUAACGGUGCUGAAGACUCUAAGCUAAUUAAAUCUGAGGAAAACUCGUCCUCUGAUGACAAAGAGGAGUCUACAAGCAGUAAAAAUUCUGAUGAAGAUUCUGAUGGCGGUCAUAACCAAAAUAAUGUUGGUUUCAAUAACACGCAUGAAGUACAGGAAGAAGCACAGGGACAACCUCAUGAUAGCAAUGAAAUUUUAGACACUGAAGAAUCUUUACGUAUUGAUCCAGUUGUGGGAGAUCAAUUAAAAAUAUCUUUACAAGAUUAUGAUAUUGUUUCUACCAUCAUGAAAAUGUUAUUUACUUUCCCAUGGAAUAAUUUUUUACAUAAUGUGGUAUUUGAUAUUGUUCAACAAAUUUUAAAUGGGCCUUUACAAGAGGGGUACAAUAAGUUUUUAAUUGCAGAUUUGUUCAAAAAAACACAUAUUACACAAUUAAUCAUGCAAGGUGACAAGGACUGCGAAGGGUAUCAUUUGGAGAAUAAUAUAAGAUUAGGGUAUAUGGGACAUUUAACUUUAAUUGCAGAAGAGGUGGCUAAAUUUGCCGCUUAUUUACAAGAUAUGGAUAUUAGACUAUCGGAUACCUCUGUUGAAAGUGCUUUAACUGACAAAAAAUGGGUUGAAUAUACAGAUGUCGUUUUGUCUGAGAUUAGAGAAAAAUAUAGCACUGUUUUUGGUGAUUUUAAUGUUGAUAUGUAUGAUGUACUGGGUACAAACGGUGAGAUGAAUCAGGAGGAAGAUAUGAAUCAGCAGGACUAUAAAGAAGGCAGCCAAGAAGAAGAGGAUGAUGAUGAUGAUGAACAGGGUGAUUAUCCUGAAGAUGACGAUGAAGAAGAAAACAUUGUUCAAAGAUUCACCAAUAGAAAUACUAAAUUUGAAUUAGUUGAUCAAAAUGAUGAAGAUGGUGAUAAUGAUGAGGAUGACAAUGAUGAUGAUGAUGAUGAUGAUGAUGCUGAUAACUAUGGAUACACUGAUGAACGUGCCGCACAAGAAAACAUAUAUAUUGACACUGAACUUUCAGAUGAAGAAGAGGAUGAAGGGGUUGAUACUAAUGAAGAAGGAGAUAAGUUGCGUUCUGAAAAGGCCAAUAAGUUACAUGAUGAUAACCGUAUAGUUAAUAAUAUUAAUUUUAAACCUAAUUUUCCUGUGAAAAAGACUCUGUUUGAUUUAUUGGGAGAAGAAGACGACGAUGAAGAGGAAGAAGAAACAGAAGAUGAUAUUAAUUCAACGGAUAAUAAAGAUGGAAGUAAUACCCAAAGUUUGCACAAUGAUUUACAUGCUGACAAAAAGAAUUAUACUAAUAGUACCACUAGUAGUACUAAUAUAAAUACAUAUCAAAUACCGCUACAUAGAGAUUCCGAUUCGGACUCAGACGAUGAUUAUAUCGAUCCUAACGAUGAUGGCUUGUCAUAUGCUAAACCAAAUCAUCCAUUAUAUUCUAAUAACUUUGACAUAAUAUCACGACAACAACAACAAAUGGGGCGCGAUAAUGAUGAUGAUAAUAAUGAAUAUGAUGAUGUUGAUGAUGAUUAUGAUGAAGAUGCUGUUUUAAGAGAAGAAAUCAUGGGAGAAGAAGAAGAUGAUGAUGAUGAGGAUACAAGCUUGUGUAGGCAAGAUAGCAGUGAUAACAUGCAAUGGGAUGCAGUGGAACAGAAUAGGAUUAUGAACAUGGUUAACUAUAAUAAUAGUCGUUCGCAAAAGAAAAAGAAAAUUUGA